AUGCUGAUCUUUAUCGUGCUCAAAGUCAAACAUGAACAUCCAUGGCUUGAAAAAUUUUUCGUACCGCUUUUGGGAGUAUUUAUCUUGCAUUGGACGUUUUCAUUGGUGAAAUUACUUGCAUUCUCGGAAAAAAUCGAGCAGUUUGCUUAUUUCGGGUUUUGGCUAAAUAUCGUUUGGAAUGUGGUAGCCGCUGCACUAAUUAUAUUACUAUGGAAUUUUGUAUUGCGUAUUAAAACCUCAUGGGAUUAUCAAUCGUUGGCGGGUGAAAGACAUGAUUUGACAUCAAGAUUGCAAGAGACUAAAAAAGAAUUCAGUCGUUCCGGUACCGGUCAACAUAUUUUGCGAUUGCUUCAAUACUGUAAACAUCAGUGGAUAUGGUUCUCAACGGGAUUCAUUUUCCUAAUCAUCUAUUCUUCAUCGCGGGUAUUUUUACCACAUUGCAUCGGUCAGGUACUUUCAAAUAUUGUUGAAGGUCGAGGUGUUGCUGUUUUAGUCCGUUCUGUGUUGCUUAUGUCAACUUUAACUUUCGUAAGUACAGUUACGGCUGGUCUUCGAGGUGGAAGUUUUACUUACGCUACAGCAUUGGUGAAUCGUCAGAUGCGCUAUGAUUUAUUUAGUUCAUUAGUGGAGCAGGACAUCAGCUUUUUUGAUACAACUAAUACAGGUGAGAUAACAUCACGUUUAACAACUGAUUGUGAAACGAUGUCUUCAACAGUAUCUACCAAUUUGAAUGUUUUCCUUCGAAACAUUGUCAUGCUGCUUGGUUCGCUGGCGUUCAUGUCUACUCUUUCAUGGCGCCUUUCUUUGGUUACUUUCAUUAUUGUACCGGUCGUUGGUUUUGUGACCAAAGUCUAUGGUUCAUAUUACGAUCAACUAACAGAAAAAACUCAAGAAAGAAUAGCAGUAUCGAAUCAUGUAGCAGAACAAGUGAUUAGUACUAUGCGAACAGUGCGAUCUUUCGCUUGCGAAAAGCGCGAAGCCAAGAAAUUCCUGCAACAUUUGGAUGAGAUACUACAUUUAAAUAAGAAAAAAGCAUUAGCCUAUAUGGGUUAUAUGUGGACUACCGAAUUAUGUGAUAAUGCUAUUCUAAUUGUUGUGUUGUUCUACGGUGGUCAUCUUGUUUUAUCAGGAAAAAUGACAGUUGGUAAUUUGAUAUCUUUCUUAUUGUAUCAAAUGCAACUUGGAGAGAAUCUCUAUAACAUCAGUUAUGUAUUUACGGGUUUAAUGGAAAGUGUUGGUGCAUCAAGAAAAGUUUUCGAAUAUAUGGUCCGUAAACCAAAAAUUCUUCAUGUUGGGAUGAAGAAGACGCCAAUUAAUGGAGAAGUUAAAUUUGAUUCUGUAUCUUUCACGUAUGCUUCCCGACCGAACAAUCCUGUCUUACAGGAUGUCAGUUUCACCGUUCAUCCAGGUCAGACUGUUGCUUUGGUUGGACCAAGUGGUGGUGGAAAAUCAUCUAUUGUAUCUUUGAUUGAGCAUUUUUACGAAUGUGAUAAGGGCUGCGUGCUUAUUGAUGGAAAUCCAGUGGCAGAGUAUGAUCAUGAGUACAUUCAUCAAAAAAUAGCCCUAGUUGCUCAAGAUCCAAUAUUAUAUGACGGUACAGUGCGAGAUAAUAUUAUAUACGGUUGUGAUUGGGCUACCGAGGAAGAUGUAUUAAAUGCUGCUAAAAUAGCUAAUGCACAUAAUUUCAUCAUGGAAACUGAGAAGCAAUAUGAGACAAACUGUGGCGAGAAGGGUAUUCAACUAUCAGGCGGUCAGAAGCAACGUAUAGCAAUAGCACGAGCAGUGGUCCGUCAUCCCGCGAUCCUGAUAUUAGAUGAGGCAACUUCAGCUUUGGAUGCAGAAAAUGAACACAUCAUACAAGAUGCUAUAGCGCAAUGUUCAAAAAAUAAAACAGUUAUCGUGAUAGCACAUCGCUUAAGUACAGUUGAAAAUGCUGAUCAGAUUAUUGUCAUUAGUAAAGGACAAGUCGUACAGCAAGGCCGACAUGAAGAUUUAUUGGAACAGGAUGGUAUUUAUCGAGCUUUAGUACAUCGACAACUUCUUGGACAUAAUUUAAGCAAAAUACAUUGA